CAAACCUUAGAACAUAGAGAGAUGGCCUUUGCAUUGUUAGCCUUUUGCCUUGCUUUUCUCUUCUCACCAUUCUCAUUUAUUAUCUUCUCCAUCUUUGCCCUUUACUAUAAAAAAAAGUAUAGCAAUAAGAGUGCAAGUAGCGUUCCCGUGCUUCCUCCAGGGCAAAACCCCCACUUUUAUGUGCUUCACAAAUUGAUGGAAGAAAUGAAUGUAGAAAUUAUGUGCACUCGCCUUGGUAAAACCCAUGUCAUCACCGUCACGUCUCCUGAAAUUGCUUGUGAGUUCUUGAGGAGACAAGAUGCUGUGUUCUCUUCGAGACCCACCUUCAUGUCUGCUAGUCUAAUUAGUGGAGGAUACUUAUCAACAGUACUUACACCAAUGGGUGACCAGUGGAAAAAGAUGAAGAGAAUCCUUGCUUCUCAUAUUUUAUCACCUGCAAGACACCAAUGGCUUCAUGGCAAAAGAGUCCAAGAAGCUGACCAUUUAAUUCACUAUGUGUACAACCAGUGCAUGAACUCCAUGACUGGGGGUCUAGUGAACGUUAGGGUCACUGCCCAACACUAUUGUGGAAAUGUGAUAAGAAAGAUUAUUUUUAGUGAAAGGUUUGUUGGGGUGGGGAUGGAGGAUGGUGGACCUGGUGCUGAGGAAAUAGAGCAAGUGAAUGCCCUAUUCACCAUCCUUAAAUACCUUUACUCAUUCUGUAUUUCUGAUUACAUCCCAUGUUUGCGAGGCCUUGUUGACUUAGAUGGUCACGAGAGAAUCAUGAGAACAGCCAUUGCAAGUGUCACUAAAUACCAAGAUCAUGCAAUUGAUGAGAGAAUCAAAAGCUGGGCCAAUGGUACCAAGAAAGUAGAAGAGGACUUGCUUGAUGUCCUCAUUAUGCUUAAAGACUCAGAUGGUUCUCCUUUACUCUCACCACAGGAGAUCAAAUCACAGAUACUCGAGUUAAUGUUAGCAACGGUGGACAAUCCCUCAAACGCGGUGGAAUGGGCCCUUGCAGAGAUGUUAAACAAGCCGGAGACACUGGAGAAAGCAAUGGAGGAACUGGACAGAGUUGUGGGGAGGGAGAGGCUAGUGCAAGAAUCAGACCUUCCUAAUCUUAACUAUGUGAAGGCUUGCGUGAAGGAGGCCUUUCGCCUGCAUCCUAUUGCACCCUUUAAUGUGCCUCAUGUUUCAAUGGAGGACACAAUUGUGGCUGGCUACUUCAUCCCGAAAGGCAGUCAUGUGUUGUUGAGUCGUCCUGGACUUGGGAGAAACCCUAGGGUAUGGGAGGACGCCUAG